AUGAAGCUCCUCCAAUUCCUGGCCCCUGUGGCCUCAGUCUUCGUGCAAGACACCCUAGCCCAAUACGCCACAGCAGCCAUGAUGCGCUUCCAAUGCUCCCAACUCUCCAUCGAGCGUCUCGACCCGCUCGUCAACCCCGGCAUGCUCCCCUCGACCCACAUGCACCAAAUCGUCGGCGGCAACUCCUUCAACGCCACCAUGACGCCUGUCGAGUACGAUCCCUCAACUCAGUCCACCUGCACCACGUGUUCCUUCGCCGAGGACUUUUCCAACUACUGGACGGCCAACUUGUACUUCCAUGCCAAGAACGGCAGCUAUAAAAGGGUGCCGCAGAUGGUGAAUCUGGGAUUGACGGGACAAGGGGGGAUCACCGUGUAUUAUAUCCCGCCGUAUGAUGGGAAGACGAAAGUUACUGCUUUUAAGCCUGGCUUCCGCAUGCUGGUAGGCGACGCCAUGCUCCGGUCUAAUCGGGGUAUGCAAAGGCAAAUCUGCCAUCGAUGUGAGCAUAACAUCCAGCAGAGUCCGUUUGGCGGUGCGCCCUGCACGGGCGACGACACCGUCACAUUCCCCAACAAGAUGUGUCCGGGUGGGAUUCGGACUACCAUCACCUUUCCUACCUGCUGGGAUGGCAAAAACGUCGACUCUCCGGACCACAAGUCGCACGUCGCGUAUCCCUCCUCUGGCACCUUUGAAUCCACAGGCCCCUGCCCCGCCAGCCACCCGGUCCGCUUGCCACAGCUCAUGUACGAAGUCAUGUGGGACACUCGGCAGUUCAAUGACAAGGCUAUUUGGCCCGACAUGGGACAACCGUUUGUGUACUCGAUGGGAGACGGGACCGGGUACGGCCAGCACGGCGACUACGUGUUUGGGUGGAAGGGAGACGCGCUCCAGAGGGCGCUGGAUGCGCGGUGCAGUGGCGAUCGAUGCUCGCAGCUCAAGACGCAGACACCGGAGCAGGCGUUGGCUUGUUUCAAGAAGCAGACGGUGAAGGAGGAGACGGAAGGGUGGGUUUCGGAGCUGCCGGGAGGGAUGCAGGUAACUUAUCAGUAG